GUUACCGACCCAUUUGAACCACACCCUCGGCAUCCCCGGAGUGAAUCGAGGUUCUUGCUUUGUCCGGAAGUUGCCUUUGCGACCGGACAGGAAAAGGAUGACUGUUGCCGGGUCGCUGCGUGUCUUCACCGACAGGAUGAACUGUGCAGGUUGCUUCACAAGGGGCGUCUCCUCGUACUACUUGGAGUUUCCCAACCUGGUGAACUUCGUGACGCAGCUCAUAGGAGUUAUUGCCUUUGUUCGAAUGGUGCGAAAAGCAAAUGAAGCGGCUCCAAUGGCCGUGGCAUUCUCGGGCAAACCCGAGAUUGUUUUG